AUGGCUACAAUUCGAAUAAUCGCUUUCUUGGCAGCGGUCAUUGCGAACUGUACUGCAUUUACCAACAUUGCCCCUUCACAGCGUGCCACGUUGCAAACCUCGAAAGAAGAUACUCUCUUCAACACCAAGAGGAUGUUGCUCCCAGAAGCAUCCAGUUCCAUACUGACAGCCGUGGAAAUCCUUCCUGGAAGCACCAUUGUCGAUCCAGCGUCCCUAUCGCAUGCAUCCAACUCCUUGCUGACAGAAGCAUCCGGUUCCAUUCUGACGGCCAUUGACCUCCUUCGUGUAGGGAGCAGCAGCAUUGUCGAUCCAGUUUCCGUAUCGCAUGUAUCCAAUUCUUUGUUGACAGCGGUGGAAGUCUUUGAUGGAAGUACCAUUGUUGACCCGGUGGUCGUUUCGGAUGUCUUUUGGAACAGUUUGAGAUCCAAAUUUUUGGCACUGGUCAUUGGCCAAGUUCUAUCCGCCAUUGUCUUUGCCGCCAUUUCCUCCUUCUUUGCCGCUCAGAUUUCGCAAGUAGGAACCUUUGUCAAGGAAAAGAUAUUUCCAGAAGAUCCAAACAAACCAAAGAAGACUGCGCAGGCGGCUUCCAAUAGCCCUGCUCAGCAGCAGCAGCAAGUAGAUGCUGAUUUCGGAAAGCUGUUAGUGUGCUUGGCCAUUGACUUUUUUGGCGUCGCCUCUGAAGCAGUUCCUGUCUUGGGUGAACUCGCGGAUGUUGUGUAUGCACCUGCCGCUGCUGCUUUGCUUCGUUCUCUCUAUGGCGGGUCGAAUGUUCUAUUUGGCCUCGAGUUUGCCGAAGAGAUUCUGCCUCUGACGGACAUUAUUCCACUGGCAACCAUAGCAUGGGUGGUGGAAACCUACUUUGCCAAUUCGGAACUUGCCAAGAUCCUCAGUGUUGGUAACUACAAUCAAUCGCGUAUUUCUGCACCCGACGCCAUUGAUACCACAGCGACGACCGACUCUGACACUCGAAGGCUACCAGACGAUAAGAGCCGAUGGCAAUAA